GCCGAGCUCGGGGCCCGCGUGGCCGUGGUGGAGGCUCACCGCCUGGGCGGCACCUGCGUGAACGUUGGAUGUGUACCAAAAAAGGUAAUGUGGAACACAGCUGUCCACUUUGAAUUCAUACAUGAUCAUGCAGACUAUGGGUAUGAAAUGCCAGAUGUGAAAUUUAAUUGGCGAAUAAUUAAAGAAAAACGUGAUGCCUAUGUGAGCCGCCUGAAUGAGAUCUAUCAAAAUAAUUUAAACAAGGGUCACAUAGAAACGAUUCGUGGCUAUGGAACUUUUACAUCUGAUCCAGAGCCUACAGUUGAAGUUGGUGGUAAAAAGUACACUGCUCCCCACAUUCUUAUAGCUACAGGUGGGCGACCGGCAGUUCCCCGUGAAAGUGAAAUUCCUGGUGCCAGUUUGGGAAUCACCAGCGAUGGUUUUUUUGACCUUGAAGAGUUGCCCAGGCGCAGCGUUAUUGUUGGUGCUGGGUACAUUGCUGUGGAGAUUGCUGGAAUCCUUUCUACACUGGGCUCGGAGUCAUCCCUACUGAUCCGUCAUGACAAGGUACUGAGAACUUUUGACUCCAUGAUCAGUUCAAACUGCACACAAGAACUGGAAAAUGUUGGCAUAAACAUCUGGAAGAAUUCACUGGUCAAAUCGGUCACAAAAUCCCCUUCAGGUUUGCUGGAGGUAAAAGUGAUGUCCUCAGUUCCUGGUCAAAAACCCACUUUUGGCAUGAUUAAGGAUGUUGACUGUCUUUUAUGGGCCAUUGGACGAGACCCAAAUACUGAAAAGCUUUGUCUAGAUGAAAUGGGUGUUCAAAUAGAUGCUAGAGGUCACAUUAUAGUUGAUGAGUUCCAGAACACCAGCAGGAAAGGGAUUUACGCCCUCGGGGAUGUCUGUGGAAAAGCUCUUCUUACACCAGUUGCAAUAGCAGCUGGAAGAAAAUUGGCUCAUCGACUUUUUGAAGGCAAGAAGGAUUCCAAGCUUGACUACAGCAACAUUCCUACUGUGGUUUUCAGUCAUCCACCCAUUGGAACGGUGGGUCUCACAGAAGAGGAAGCCAUUUCUAUGUAUGGAACAGGGAAUGUGAAGAUCUACACGACCUCCUUUAUUCCGAUGUAUCAUGCAGUAACCAAAAGAAAAACUAAGUGUGUAAUGAAACUGGUUUGUGCUGACAGAGAAGAAAAGGUGGUAGGACUGCAUAUGCAGGGACUGGGAUGUGAUGAAAUGCUGCAAGGCUUUGCAGUGGCGAUCAAAAUGGGAGCAACAAAGGCUGACUUUGAUAACACCAUUGCCAUUCAUCCUACUUCAGCAGAAGAGCUGGUCACACUCCGUUAAAUUUUUUUAAUUCCUGGUGUUUGAAAUCGGAUUUGUAAUAUGAUAAUCAAAGCAACAAAAUAGCUUGGAAGAAUCAACUGUCAUUGUCUUGGUGCUUUUUGUAUCUUUCUUUUCUAUAAUUCUCCAUAUCUUGUUUAAAUUCAGUUAAUUUUUUAUGUAUGAAUUUACUUUCUGGUGGAAGAAAAUUCUCAACCAAUGUUAGAAACAACUUAUAGCAUUACCUGAGGAGUAAAGCAUCUGUUCGUUUAGUCUGGACCACAUAAUUUCUUGCCACUGUUAAUUUAGAGUGAAAAAUAAUAAAAUGGCCAUUUCAAA